GAUCGACAGCACACGAACUCUACUACACGUUUUAUUUAGAAGUACUCAUACACAUAACCGGUGUUUUGUAGAGUAACAAUGAAGUCCAUUCUGUGUAUUUUAUCAUUGACAGCGAUAGCUUUAGCAAGUGAUGUGCUGGAAUUCACAGAUUCAGACUUUGCAUCAAAAGCAGCACAGCAUGAUUUGAUUUUGGUGGAAUUUUUUGCUCCUUGGUGUGGGCAUUGUAAGAAAUUAGCCCCUGAAUAUGAAAAAGCAGCUACAAGACUAUUAGAUAAUGACCCACCAGUUGCAUUGGCUAAAGUUGAUUGUACAGCAAGUACUGAAGUUUGUUCCAAGUAUGGAGUAAGUGGUUAUCCAACUCUUAAAAUCUUCCGUAAUGGUGAAUUUGCUGAGGAAUACAGUGGUCCAAGAGAAGCUGAUGGUAUUGUCAGUUUAAUGGCAUCCAAAGCUGGACCAUCCUCUAAAGAAUUAACAUCAGUAGCUGAAGCUGAGAAAUUUCUGUCUAAAAAAGAUUAUGUAGUAGCUGGGUUCUUUUCUGAUGGAGAAAGUCAACUAGCUAAAGCUUUCCAGAAAGCAGCUGAUGCUAUGAGUACUGAUGUCAAGUUUGGUCAUACAACAGCCAAAGCUGUACUUGAUAAAUAUGGAUACACUGACAACAUCAUUCUUUUCCAACCUAAACAUUUAAGAAGUAAAUUUGAAGAUGCACAACAGAAAUAUGGUGGCAGCAGUAACGUAGAUAAAAUAAAGAAUUGGUUAUCUUCAUCAUUAACUGGUUUAUGUGGACACAGAACACAAGCCAAUGCUGACAAAUUUAAGAAACCACUUAUUAUUGCUUAUUAUGAUGUUGAUUAUGAGAAAAAUGAAAAAGGAACAAAUUAUUGGAGAAACAGAGUAAUGAAAGUCGGAAAGAAAUUGCAAGGUGAAGGAAAAGAUAUUUACUUUUCUGUCAGUAAUCAUAAAGACUUCAGUUUUGAGUUGGGAGAAUUUGGACUGAUUGACGUCAAGGGAGAUAAGCCAAUUAUUUGUGCCAGAGAUGAUAGAGAUAUGAAAUAUAUAAUGUCUGGUGAUUUUAGUAUGGAUAAUUUAGAAAAGUUUGUGAAUGAUUUAUUAACCGAUAAAUUAGAACCAUACCUGAAAUCAGAACCUGUUCCUGAAGAUAACACUGGAGGCGUUAAGACUGUUGUUGCUAAGAAUUUUGAUGAAAUUGUAAAUGAUGACAGUAGAGACGUAUUGAUAGAAUUUUAUGCUCCAUGGUGUGGACAUUGUAAAUCAUUAGAACCUAAAUUUGCAGAAUUAGGAGAAAUGUUAAAGGAAGAAACUGGAGUAACUAUAGCUAAAAUGGAUGCUACAGCAAAUGAUGUACCUAAACCAUAUGAAGUUCAAGGAUUCCCAACUAUUUAUUAUAAACCAAAGAAUUCCAAAAAUAAUCCUAAAAAAUAUAACGGUGGACGAGAGGUUGCUGAUUUUCUAGAAUAUUUGAAAAAAGAAUCUACAGAUGGUCUAAAAUAUGAAGGAGAAAAGAAAAAGAAGAAGUCAAAGAAAUCUAAAACAGAAUUGUAAACCUGAGAGAUGGUGUAUAUAUGCUGAUGUCUGAGUGACUGAAUGGACUUAUGAAUGGAUUAGAGUAACUGUUUUAUGUCUUGUAAAUUGUAUAUUUUAACUGAUCAUUUUUGUGGGAACAUCUCAUUAAUGGUAUUCUUUUUCUACUUAGUUCACUCUACUUUUACACCAAAUAAACUUAAGCUGUGAUUUAUAAUUUAUUGUUUGAUUCAUGCUACAACAGGGAUGUUGAUAUGAUGAUUGACAGGACUAUAGGUGUAAUUCGGUUGGAACUGAGUGGUUGACAACUGCAAUAAUUGCAUACAUGUUUUCAAUGAUGUCUUUGCAGGCACACAUUUGAUACCAUAGAACUGUUUUUUAUGGAUAUUUAGAAACAAUGAUGAAAAUUAUGUUUCCAGUUCAAAUUGUCAUUUUUCCUAAUGCAAUCUUCACUAUUUUGUUUUUGAUAGCUAAUCAAUAAUUGUAUUUAUACUUUUAUUCUGUUUCUAUCUAGAAUUUUCUUUACUUUUACAAUAACAGUUCUGAACUCUUCAUUGAAUUUACACAUGCCCCCUUUUGAGGGCAUGGAUGUAUGAAUAAAUUCAGUAUUUGUUAAAUAAUAUUAGAAUUUUUCUUCCACAAGAACAAUCAAACCUUACUGAAUAUUUUAAUCAGUAUACUUGUUAUUGAAUGUUAAGAGAAUUAAUAUAUAUAUAUAUAUUGGUGCAUUGAUGCAGAAAACUUGUCAUUUGUUAGAAGUACGCAUGUCUUGGGUCCAUUGAAUAGUGUAUUUAUGAAAGGUGGAAAUAAAAGUUUAUUACAUA